AUGAUAGCGCGGCGGCGGCUCGUAGCAACAGAAGACGAGGAAUGGGUUGAAGAAGGCAACAGGAAUGACGAGAUAGUUGUCAAAGAAAAUGAUUCGGAUGAUGUUCCUGCAACAGAAACUGCCAUCGAUGAAAAAGAUGGAAUGGAGGAGCCCAAAUUUGAUGAAGAUGCUGAAGAAAUUGUGAAAAAGGAGAAUCAGGACGAGAGCGAUGACAUUCCCGCACGAGUGUUGCGCAAAUGUAUUCUCAGUGGGGCGGUGGGGGCGCACGCGGGAGUGAGGGGGGCGGCGCCGCUGAGCCCGAAGUUGGGCGCGUGGGCUAGCUCCCGCGGGACCAGCCCGCAAGGACCGCACUCGCCGCCGUUUUAUUUAAUACACGCAGCGCGCAACGUUCGCCUCCUUAGCUUACCAUGUUCAUACGCCACUCUCGGCGAAAUGUUCGCAAGUCAU